AUGUUCAUUCCCGCGACCAGGAUCGACGCAUUGCUCUUAACUCAUUGGGGUAUAGAUAAUAUUCUAAGUCUGUCCGGCGUCAUGACUGCUCUUCAGUCUACAGAUUCCAGUGAUUCUCUGACAUGUCUACUAACACCACCUCCCCUUGGGAAUCCAACUAUCUCUGGAAAGUUGGCACCUGUCCUGCCUGAGGAGGCAGCAAAUUCUUCUUUGGUUGUCAGCCUUCCCGCCCAAGUUGGCCGGUUGCUGAGUGAGCUGAAGUCUCCCGGUCGUCAACAUGUUUGUCUUGAAGAGUUAACUCGUGGUGCAAAGUUUCAAGCAACGGCCAGGCCAAUUCCCCUCUAUCACAAAGUAAACUUUUAUGUUUCAAUAUUGUAUUUUCUUUUGUAA